AUGAAAAAGACCACUCCCACCUUCUCAGGUAUGAAAUUCAUGCGCGUGCCGGCAUGUUCGAAUGGCGAUGAGCAUUGGUGCUUUCAGUCCGAGGGGAAGGAGGAAAGAAGCUGCAUGCAGCACUGCCGUGCCGCGCUCGGGCAACCGGUCGCUCCUCAGAUUGCUCUCCUCUCAAGUGAACUUUGGUCGCCAACAUCUAUGCCAUCUGCCCCAGGAUGUGGGCGGUCCUCGGCUGCAGAAACUGCCUGUCACUCUGGAUCUGUUCCUCUUUGCUUGCGUGAAGCACAGACUGGAGGCUGGUCACUCUCUUUUUAUUGUUUGAGCUCGUAG